CAUGAGCAGUGGACUGGAAGCGGAGAGUUGGCGGCAAGUUCAGGCAUGUUACUGCAGAAAGUAGCUUAUAUUGCGGCUACAGGACUCAGGAUUAACUGGUCACUUUAACACGGUUCACUCAGUCAACCUGGAGCUACCGGGAGGUUUCACAGUGCGACAUUUGUAGCUCUACAUGAGUUGAAUCUGCUGAGAGGACACCAUGCCUUCACUGAGUCUGAACGGAGUGACAGUCAGCUUCCCUUUCCCUCCCUAUGACUGUCAGAAGGACUACAUGAGCAAAGUGAUCGAGUGUCUUCAGAAGAAGGCCAAUGGGGUCCUGGAGAGUCCCACAGGUACUGGUAAAACCCUGUGCCUGCUGUGUGCCACCUUGGCCUGGAGAGAGAACUUCAAGGACACCAUCUCUGCCCGCAAGAUAUCGGAGAGGCUUCAAGGGGAGGAGAUGUUCUCCAAAACACCCCUGUCCUCCUGGGGGACAGCUGCUACAGACGGAGACACACCAACCUUCUACACUGAUGUUCCCAAGAUCAUAUAUGCAUCCAGGACCCACUCUCAGCUGGCACAGGUUGUCAGUGAGUUAAAGAACACUUCAUACAGCCCAAAGGUGUGUGUGCUGGGAUCCAGAGAGCAGCUGUGUAUCAACCCUGAAGUGAUGCGUCAGGAGAGCAACCAUGUCAAGGUCCAUAUGUGCAGAUCAAAGGUUUCCACCAGGUCGUGUUGCUACUACAAUAAUGUUGAAGAGAAGAGCACAGACAGAGAGCUGGUCAACUCCAUCCUUGACGUGGAGGACUUGGUCAAAUAUGGCAACAAGCAGAGGGUCUGUCCGUACUACCUCUCCCGUCACUUGAAGCAGCAAGCAGAUGUUGUUUUUACUCCGUACAACUACCUGCUGGAUCCAAAGAGCCGCAGAGCACACAACAUCGAGCUGAACGGAGCAGUGGUCAUCUUUGAUGAAGCUCACAAUGUGGAGAAGACGUGUGAAGAAACGACAUCGUUCGACCUGACUCCCUAUGACAUAGCCUCAGCCAUCACUGCUGUGGACAGGCUGCUGGCGGAGAAGGCUAGAGAGGCCAGCCAAGAGGCAGUCCCUGAAGACUUCAAUGUAGAAUCCCUCAACUCUGGUUUAAAAGUGGAUAUAACCGCCGUUGCUAAAAUCAAACAAAUCCUGCUGGACCUGGAAUCUGCCAUUGAUGCCUAUGACGUUCCAAGUGAAAAAGGCAUUACGAAACCUGGAAUCUUCAUCUAUGAGCUGUUGGAGCGAGCCCACCUGACCUACGAAAGCAAGACUGCUGUUUUUGAGGCUCUGGAGCAGAUCACUGGAUACCUGGCAGGACAGCCAGGAGUAUUCAUGAACACCAGUGGACUGCAGAAGCUGACUGAUGUCAUACAGCUGGUGUUCUGUGGUGAACCAUCAGAAAAAGCCAAGGACAGACAGCAGCAGAUGGAGACUAACACAGCUCACUUUAAGGUUCACAUCCAUCCAGACACCAGCCAUCACAAGAAAACACAAAACACUGAUGUGUGGGCUUCAUCUUCAUCUUCAUCAAAGAAACAAGGUAACGUUCUGAGUUACUGGUGCUUCUCUCCUGGCUACAGCAUGCAGGACCUGGUGAGGCAAGGUGUUCGCUGCAUCAUUCUGACCAGUGGUACCCUCUCCCCCCUGUCCUCUUUCACCUCUGAGAUGAGGAUACCGUUCCCAGUGAGUCUGGAGAACGGCCAUGUGAUCGAGCGGGACCAGAUCUUUGUUGGCAUCAUUGAGCGAGGUCCUGAUGAAGUCAGGUUAAGUUCAGCGUUUGAUAGAAGAUUCCUUCCUGAAAACAUGUCGUCUCUAGGCAACACUGUUGCCAACCUGAGCCGUGUGGUCCCUCAUGGUCUCUUGGUGUUUUUUCCAUCCUUCCCUUUAAUGACAAAAACCCUGGACUUCUGGAGAGCUAACGGACAUGCAGAUCGUAUCGAGAACGUUAAGCCCAUUUUUGUUGAGCCUAAAGGGAAGGGCACCUUUACUGAGGUUAUUGAUGGAUAUUACAACAAAGUCAAUGAUCCAACAUCCAAAGGAGGAAGCUUCUUUGCUGUGUGUCGAGGAAAGGCUAGUGAAGGUCUGGAUUUUGCCAACACCUUUGGUCGAGGUGUCAUCAUCACCGGCCUUCCUUUCCCUCCCAGGAUGGACCCCCGCGUCAUCCUGAAGAUGCAGUUCUUGGAUGAGAUGAGUCGGAAGAAAGCUCCCGGCUUGACGUACCUGUCUGGGCAGCAGUGGUACAAACAGCAGGCUUUCAGAGCAGUGAACCAGGCCAUCGGGAGAGUCAUCCGCCACAAGGAGGACUAUGGAGCCAUCCUGCUGUGUGAUGAAAGGUUUAAGAACACUGAUGCCAGGGCCCAGCUUCCGUCAUGGGUCAGGCCUUAUGUGCGUCUGUAUGCCAGCUUUGGGAAUGUAAUCCGUGACAUCUCUCAGUUCUUCAGGGUGGCUCAGAAAAUGAGGCCUUUUGUAGAGAAGGAGGCUGCAGCAGAGACCUGUGAGAAAAAGUGCUUACCAGACACUCAGCCCUCUGACUUCACUUCCUGCCCGCCCUCCCAAAGCUCCAACACCAAGAAGGCCAAGGUGCUGGACGCCCAUCUCCCCAGCCUGAAGAGGAGGAGACUCAAUGAGUAUACCGGAGCCAACGGGAUGGCCAGGAUCUGUGUUGAGUAUGAGUGUGAGGUGCAGGAGAGUCAGAAGAAACCCGUCAACCUGCUGGAGGCUCUGGAGCGAGGGGACCAGUACGGUGGAGACAAUGAGGAGGCUUUAGUGGGAGAAGAGAAGGCGAACCGUUUGUCCACGAUGUCUCUUCGGUGUGACAAGAGGAUGGAUGAUGAACUGCGGGGAGGAAAACGUAAAAUCAAGUUGGUCCAAAAGCAGAACUCAAGUGUGUCGGAGGAUGUUUCUGAGGAAGGAACCUCCAGCAAGGUGAAGAGUUUCCUGGCUGGGAUGAAGAAGUCUCUGAGCCAGAGCAGCUUUGACAGCAUUAUUCAGGCUCUACAGACCUACAAGAAGACUGACAGCCUGGACGUCCUGCUGGCUGAGGCCGCUGUCCUAACUCAGGACGCUAAUACUCACAGUCUGCUGAGGGGUCUCUACCAGUUUGUCCGCCCACAUCACAAACAGAGGUUUGAUGAGAGAUGCCAGGAGGUGACGGGGCAGGGCUGUGGAUACAAACCUCACCACUCUCUGUCUGUGGCUGAGAAGAAAGCUCUGACGCAGCACAGCGCUGCAGCCAGUCAGCCUGCUGAGGCUCCAACCUGCUCCAGAUGGACGUCUACCUGCAGUCAGCUGAACACACAGCAGCUCAACAAGGGAGGACACCACCUGAACCAGACAGCAUUAAGAGAACCUCAGACUGGUGCAGCCAGUCAGCCUGCUGGGGCUCCAACCUGCUCCACGUCUACCUGCAGUCAGCUGAACACACAGCAGCUCAACAAGGGAGGACACCACCUGACCCAGAAAGCAUUAAGAGAACCUCAGACUGGUUCUGCUUCAAAGAGUGAUGUCCCCGCUGCCUUUCUGGCUGAUGUGAAAAAAGCUCUGGGAGCAGAAAAGUCUGCGCAGCUCUUUCAGGCCAUUCAGAACUACAAGAAGACAGACAACUAUGAAGAGCUGGUGGCCACAGCGCUGAGCCUAUUCACAGAGAGAGACGAGGACUUCAGCCUUCUAGCCAGAUUUGCCACGUUUAUUCCUGCUCGCCAUAAAAAGCAGUACAGAGAAAUGGUGGAGGCUUUGAUGGGUGCGUCGGUCUCUGCUGCUGAUGUUCCUGCUGUAAGUGAAGCCCAGCAGAGUCAAGCUUCAUCAUCACUUCCUUUAAAGGCGCAAAGCAAGAUUUCCUGUUUUUUCUCCAGCAGCCAAAGAAAGUAGAAUCUGAGGUUCAACACUGUAUGAAUAUCAAACUGAUCAUAACUGCUGACUAAACUAUGAGCGGCCCGACUCUCUGGGCUUUGUAAUGUAAAUGUAAAUCAGGCAGUAUUCACCUAUUCUGAAUGUCAUGAAAAUGUAAUGCAGAAGUAUUGUUUAUGUUAUGUUUUUAUAUUUAUUUAGCGUAUUAAAUUAAUAAAAGACCCAGUGGCUUUGUGUUAUGUACCAGCAGGGCUGUACCUGCUCCAUAAUGUAGCCAGGUCAUCACAGGUCGAGUUGUAUACCUGACAAACGGUCUGAACACAACCUGUAAGUAAACAGUAUCACCACUAGUUCUAGCAUUAGGACAUUAGUUCAUCCUGUCACCGUGCUGGCUACAGGACAGACUCCACUACGUACGCCUCUUUGAGGGUUCAUAAUAACAUCUGCACAGAUGUGAAGCCAGACACUCUAAACAUCUGAAUGAUCAAUAAUAAAAGCUAUAUGCUUGCA